UGCCUGCCACGAAAGAGCACCCAGAAGUGCAGGUGGAAGACACUGAUGCUGUCACCCAUCCCCUCAUCACGGAGGAGAAUCCACCCUCGCCUGAGCUGCUGCCACCUUCUCCUGCCAAAUCCGACACCCUCACGGUCCCGGGCUCAGCCCUGGGGAUGCACAGGUUCUUCCUGCUGACUCUGGGAGGGCUCAAGGAGGCAGGAGAGGCAGGACAUGGAGAGAAUGGGCUGCUUCCUUCUGCCUCGGAAUUUCCAGGUCCCCGGAUCCUGCUGUGUCCUCCAGCUCUCAGCUGGCGGCUGGAGAGAUACAUCAAGAUGAACUUGACGUCAGAGCUGGUACGGGCCCAGCAGCACAUGGUCCAGAACCAGAUGGCCGUCAUGCUAGACUUCAGCACCAGACUCUUGAACCAUGCCAUGGCUCAGACCCGCAAGCUGACCAACAUGGAGGCUCAGGUCCUGAACUUGAUGUCACGAAUGAAGAACCAGCUGCUGGAGAACUCAAGAUCCACCAGCCAGCUGGAGAGGCAGCUGCUCCUGCAAGGCCAUGACCUCCACCAGCUGCAGGGCCGCAACAGUGACUUAGAGACAGGAUUGCAGGCCCUGAAGAAGCAGCAUCAGGCCGAGCUGGACAGCCUCCGCAUCCAGAAGGAGCAGCUGCAGCACCUACUGAGCCUCCAAAAUGGCACCCCGUCCGUCCUGGAGCACACCCUGCGUGUCUACCUCAGCAAUACCAGUCUCCUGCACACCUGGCACCUCCAGCUGCUGAAGUCCUUACAGGGCCUGGUGGGCCUCUCAGCGCAAGGCUCAGCCCCUGUGAGGGCAGCUGAGCAGGUGUUCCAGGACUGUGUGGAGAUCCGGAACUUUGGGGCCAGUGCCAGUGGCGUCUACACCAUCCAUGCGGCCAAUAUGACGGAGCCCAAGAAGGUGUUCUGUGACAUGGAGGCCAGUGGAGGUGGGUGGACCGUCAUCCAGCGCCGUGAGAACGGCAGCGUGAAUUUCCAGCGGAACUGGGAGGAUUACAAACAGGGUUUCGGAGACCCAGCCUGGGAGCACUGGCUGGGCAAUGAGGUGGUGCACCAGCUCACCAGCGGGGCAGCCUACUCUCUGCGCGUGGAGCUGCAAGACUGGGAAGGCCGAGAGGCCUUCGCCGAGUAUGAGAGUUUCCAGCUGGGCAGCGAGGGGCAGCUGUACAGGCUUUCUCUGAGUGGGUACAGAGGUUCAACGGAGAAGCGAAGCAACCUAUUUCUGAUGGAUGCCAACUUCAGCACCCACGACAAAGACAAUGAUAACUGCAACUGCAACUGUGCUCUGAUGCUCUCUGGAG